AUGGCCCCGUUCAACAUAUCCCCGGAUGGGGUUGUUGUCCGGCACGAAUCCCAACAUGACCCAAACAGUAAACACUCGGCGCCAGUGAUUCGUCUGGACUUGUUCGAGUCUGUGACCAAGGAUAUCCUCCGAGCUCUCACGAACCAUGAGCAAGUCCGACUCCGAUGCGGCAAGAAGCCAGUGGUGCAGUUUGGAAAGAAGACCAUAUCUCUGGAAAGCAGCAUCGACUCCUUCCCCUCUGAGAUCUUCACAAAGUCCGCUGGGAACGCCAGCCCCCUCUACUUUACCGGGAAAGCGAGCCAUAGGCUCGAGGUGCGGAAGGCCGAGGAAGAUACUGCAAGAGCCGACGGGGCACUAGCCACACUUGAAAACACACUCAAAUCGAUCCAAGAAGAGCGAGCGUCGAACGAGACUAGCUUGAAAGAGGGCACGGGACACGGAGCAAAGAAAGCCAUCAAACCAUCACCUUUGCUGGGCCAAGGCACGACUUUGAGAAAGGAACAUUUCCUGGGUAGCUUGAACCGGUCCACCCCGGGCAGCCCUUUCCUAAGCACCUCGUAUUCUCCUAGGCUAGGGCCGACUUCUGCUCCUCUUGGAGGCGGCCUGUCCACCAAAGACCGGAUAAGAUUGGAUGCCAUUCGGAUCCCCCUGGUACAUCUCCUCGCUGUCCAACCUAUGACACCGAAAGCACUUCGUGACCAACUCCACGCCACCCAAGAUGACAUUGAUAAGUUGAUUGAUAAGGUGUCGUGGGAAUCCAAAGUAGAAGAGGGCAAGAGAGAGCUGAAAGAGAAGAUUUACCGGGAACUUGACGUCUGGAAGUUUCCUUACAGGUCAAAGGAAGACAGACAGGCCGCCAUAGAUCAUGCCAUUCAAGCGUACGACAGGACGCGGGUGGAGAAGAGAGACCCUCUCUGGCAGCUGUUGCUCCCUCCGGAAGAGCGAGGAAAGGGCAAGAUCCUCUCAAAGCUCAACUUCGACAAACCAGUACCCAGUCAUGCCACUCCAAAACCUGGUGACGACGCCAAUGAGACUAAGAUUGAAUCUGAUCGAGAACAUACCAAGGUCCGACCAAAGAAGAACAAAGAAGCGGCGGUCGUAGAGAAAGCACGCAAGGACAAAGUGGCCAGCUCAAAGGGUCUUGGUAAGGGUGAGGCAGGAGUGACUUUGAAGGUCAAGGAUAAAGGCUCUAAACCUGCAAGACAUGACACCAAAUUCAAGUCUUCGGAGCGCAUUGUGGAUUCCGAUGAGGAAGCUGAAGCGGCAGAUACUGCCCUAGCCAAGCCAAAGAAGCAAGACGCUGCUGCCAUUGCCAAAACCAGCUCGACCGUGAAGCGAAAGUUAGAGCACGACCAGCUGAAAUCGAACAGAUCGCCAGUGCUAACUACGUCUGCGAAGAAACCUGUGCAUAAGUCUUCGCUUUCGAGUCUGUCGUCGUCCAGCAGCAACAACAGUGGGAACGAUCAGCCUCAGUCCGGUGUCACUAACACUGAGACGUCGCUGAAACCUCAAUCCCAUCAUCACAGAACGGAAAGUUCGAACUCCCGCAUCUCACCAAGGCCACGCCACGACAGCUCGCCGCAAAAACCGUCCCCUCUAGGAUCAUCUCCUCCCACAACGUCGACUGAUCUGGACAAUUCCAGCUCCAGCAAGGCAUCCAACCAGUCCUCAGCGCCAUCCUCCCCUCCGUCCGGGUCAGACAUGCCUCAAACAAGAGCCGGUAACAAGUACUCUCCAGUGAUCUCUGAUAAGAGUCGCAACGUAUCACGUGGCAGAAGUCCAGGUCCGAGUGCCGCCAAGCGGAAGACAGGCUCGGCCGAAGAUGAACGCCCUGCCAAACGCCAGCAGCAAAAACAACGAGACCCUCUCCCUCAAGCAGCUCAGCUGAAGCCUCUGGCCGAUGGCGACCAUCAUACUCUUCAGCGCCCGGUAGGCCCAGUACGCAGUGACUCCGAACGCUCCUCUAGCCCCGAGAAACAAAGGAUCAAUCGCGAUGCCGUUAUUGAAGAGGCCAGGCGAUUUCAAAAGUAUUACAAACGCUACAAGGAGUUGCACAUUAGACUCGACCAAUCAGACGAGAAAGAUCGUGACGAUAAGGACAUGGAUGAUUUGUUAAAAAUGCACCACCGACUGAAGGAAAUGAAGGCUGAGAUCUGGGCGAACUGGGGCAAAGUUGAAAACGUGAAGGAUGCAAAGAACGACACGAACCGGGAUGUGAAGGAAAUGCUAGCUGUUUGA